ACAACAUGGCCGUCGUAGCCUGACACCCCGUGUGAGUCUCGACGCACCCCGUGUUUCGCGUGUCGCCAAGGGGAUUGUGGCCGACUGUGCAAGCAAGAAAAUCACGUGAGUACGAGACGGUGGACAACUCUGCGACCAUUUUGCGAGCUCAUUCACGGACGACCACGAGAAUUCGCGAAGGAGGAGGCGCUGCUGCGAAAAAAUUCGUCAAGAAGGAACGAGCGUUAUCCAACAAGGCGACCGCGACGAAGAAAUCCGUCAAGCUGGCGCCGUUCAAGUUACGCUUCUCCAAGAUGCUGAAGUCGCGGAGCUCCGGCGAUAAUCGCAGCAACAGCGUGGAAACCGAGGAACAGCUACGGCAGGUCGAUCGAUCGUCCCUGCCGUCGGACGAGUACGCGGAUGCGAACGACACGAAGGCCGACAAGAACUGUUUGUCGAUCAGGAAUGAACAGACGAUCCCCAGCUCGCCCCCGCCCUCGUAUGAGCACGUGCUCGAGGAGACACGAAUGGGAUCGUCGGCCGUGGCGUUACGAGAGGCGAAGGAGGCAGCCAGGGAGAGGCAGGUCCUCGAUAACGAAAAAAGUGCAGGGAACGCCGAGGGUGGCGAUGGCGGCGACGACGGUGGCGGCGACAGGAGAGCGCUCAAGGGACCUAAGAUACUCCACAAAUCGAGCAAGGAAUUCUACAAGGCGAUGGCGAAGCAGUGGGGCAUAACUUGCAAAAUGAGCGAUCACUGCAGGUGCUUGGAUUGUCAGAGCCAUUACUUCGACUGCGAUUACGAGAAGGACGAGCAAGAGAAAGGCGACGGCGGCCUCAGCGCCGGAACACCGAUGUUCAUCUCCGAGGUGAUGCACGGUACCGCCUGUGCCCUUCUGUAAGAACGUCGCUUCCGCACUGGUACCGCUUCUCCCGACGGGCAAGACGUCUACCUGAUUAUUACACGCACAAGACGAGGAGUCGACGCCUGAGCAAGCGUGGCGAGUCAGCCUCGGCGAGAGAGCGCGCGUCGCGCGCGUUAUAUGCAUCUAUAUAUUCUGCUAAUAUAUAAGAGUACAUGAUGCGUGUUGCACACAUAAGGAAGAGAGCCAGCAAAGAUAAGGAGACAUCUGCGCGCUCGUUUCACGUCAACGUAGGACGACGUAGGAAGCUACAUCGCGCGCGAUGUGAAUAAGACACGAGCUUCCUGUGUCGUGCGGAAAAGCAACCGAGAGCCGUGCUUUCUUUCGCGAAUUCUCGUGCACGGAAGUCGCGCAUUCAGCUUAGCGGAAGUGCAGCGACAGCAAAGGAGGCACGACAAACGGAACGUCGCGAUACAGACACAAUACACCGGACGUAUUCUCCCGCAUUUGUCGAGAUUGUCGAUUUCCGUAGCUCUCGCGAGAGACACGGAGGAGACGCGGCGGAGAAGUCUCUAUCGCGACGUUACCUAUUUAAAUCAAUCAAAUGUAUCCCGGAGUUCGCGUGUGUACGCCUACUCGCGCUCCCUGUCGAUUUGUCAUCCUAGCGCUCGAUGCAACGCGCGUGAUUGUUACGCGUUACAUCGUAUCACGAUGUUGCGAAGAGCCAAUCGACGUUGCGCCGAUCGGCCUGUAAAGUAUUUUCGAUAUUCCCGACGACCCCGCGACAUUACUCUCACGACACUCCUCGCGCGAAUUCAUCGUCGCCCGCGACCGGCGUUUGAUUUGACACAUGACUAAUGAGAACCCGCCGGUCAUCGCGUCGGCGUGUCGGCUUUAUUACUAUCAAUUGCAUCGCGCCCGUUAGAAUUGGAAUUUUAUGGCAGAGUGAUGAGAGAGAGAGAAUGAGUGAACGUGAUAGAGCGAAUAAGACGCCUCGGUUUGUCGCUUUGUUACUGUCGCGCUUCAAAACGUUGUCGUGCGAAACGCGCUGGCGAUUAAUUUCAAUUGCAAAAUCGUCCGCGUUAAUUUCUAUCGUGUAGGUGCGUAAAGCGUAGCGCAAUUGUGUGCUGUGCAACCGGGAACUUGACAACACUCAGAAAAAUGGUCUUGGAUAGAGAAAAAUUAUCUAGAUACAAGAGACGUAUUCCCUGAGAUAGAUAAAUGACUAGCAAAUACUGCUAUGUCGCGUAUGUGUCGCAUUUAAUCAACAUAGAUGACAGAGGCGGAAUUUAUGGGUGGACUAUUUGUCUAAUUUAGCAAGGAGGUCUCUAUGUAUGACGUUCAUCCAGAUGAAGGUCCGGUCGUACUGCUUAUUAAAAAUUGAUAACGGGACCUGAAUUUUUCUGUAAAUAUCGCCAGAACGCUACUGCUACUGCGAAUCCCACGUAUCACGGACAAUUUUUUGGUGGACAACGAAAAACAGCGAUACAUUUCAGCUGUGGCAUUUAGAAUUCGAAUUGGUCCAGCAAAACAUUCUUCUGAGUGAAUGUUCUCGAUGAGUCACGUGUUACGUCACCGAUACGCAACGGCAGUUACGUAGGCACUUUUUCCAAUUAUUUCCAACAUGAUGUUGGGCGUACAUCUGCAUCGAACGAUACAGAAAGUCGACACAUGUGUAACAGUCCGGCCUGUUCCGAUGACGUUCUCCGUCGCAAAGUUAGUCGCCAAGAACGGCACGUGCCAAGCCUACUUGUCGAACUUUGUAGUAGUCAUCGCGGAGCUCUUGUUUGAUAUAUUACAUGCGUUACGCACAUAUCGAGUUUUUUCUAACGCGAGCACGCUCUAACGCGGCGAAACUUGAGUGUUGAAGGAGCGACGGAUAUCGCGGUGCGCCAUUUUUCACAUCAUUCACGAUGUAUCGGGAGGAGAUGGACCGCGUUGUUCGCGCGGAAAGGAAAUCCGCUCUUUCCUCGUGGAGGGUGUCCUCCACGAGGUAUGCUCUCUAAAGUACAAUCAGUGUAUCCUUCACUGAAAUGCUACACUUGUGGUUUGAAAAUGCCGCACGGGUGGUUCAGUUACAAGUAUAUUGCCGCAAUCAACAAAAUUUCACUGAAAGAACCGGUCAAUAGUACACAGAGGAAAAGACUUGAUUAGGCCUACGUGAAGUUUGAGCAAAUCAACGCGCUGUAGUCGAACGACACAGAAUUUCAGCGGGGUCCUUACGGUUUAAAUUUGAUUCAAAGAAUAAAAAUUCCGUUUCCUUCCACUAAAACACAUUGGUUCGUUCAUUACAAGCAAACUUCAUGUUAGUACAACCAAACUUCUUUCUCUGUGCAGCAACCGUUUCUUCUAUUAUUGAUGCAGUUUGCAAAUACAGAGUGCACACUCAAAAAAGUGGUCUUGCAAUUACAGCGGAAAUUAUCCAGAUAUAAAAAAUUUGCUAAAAUAGAUAAGCGACUAGCAAACCUUGCGAUAUCAUAUAAAUAUACUGUAUUUAAUCAAUAUGGAUGACAGAGACAAAAUUUCUAUCUGAACUGUUUGUGAAAUUUAGCAAGAAAGCCUCUCUCUGUGGCGUCCAUUCAGAUUAAGGUCAAUCAGAAUUGUUAUAAAAGUGAAUGUGGUAGAUAAAGAAGACUAGCAAUGGAAGACAAACGAGUGUAUAAUUCUCACGUCUACCUAAAUUUACUAGCAGAAUUUACACUGCUAGAAUGCUGCUGCUGUGAAUUCUACGUACCACAGACAAUUUUUUUAGCAGAUACGAAGAACAACGAUCAAUCUUAACUGUGACACUUAGAAUUCUACGUGGACUAGCAAAACAUUUUUUUGAGUGCACGCAAAUCGCAUUGAAGUCGCUAAUUCCCUCACCAUGAACGCAGAAAAAGUUGGAUUCAGCACAUAACGAGUUUGUGUACUGCUGAUUUUGGAGUGAAAUCUUACUCUCCUCCACUUCUUGACACUCCUUAAUUAGAAUCAGUGAGAUAUAAGACGGAGCAGUAAAGUGGCAGUGUUUUCACUGAAAAUCAGUGAGUAUCCUCUGAAAUAUUCCUUUUACUGAUUCACUUUAAGAGAGUGAGAGCUCGAAGAUCUCCUGCUACACGUAUCUUACAGCCGUACGUAGUUAAGCAAUUGACGAUUAUUUAAAAGAAAUAAUAAAAGUAGCGAUUUUCCGCGAAGCACGCGCGCUUGAGGGGACGCGUCGAAACUCACGCAACUCAUGAAACACAUGAAAGUAAUGUAGGUGAAAAGAUAACGUCGAGCCCGCGCGCGCCACGAGGCGACAUUAAUCCUGCGAAUCCGAAGUGAUUCCACGCGGACAACGAGCGAAGUAUCUUAGCGAAACAUAAUACAGUACCUGCCUAAUACUUUACGAGCCUUUACGACGAACUGUUUGUUCUGUAUUUCCCGGAGAGCAGGGGAACAACUAUGCGCGGUCUUCGCCGCGCUUCUUUUUAUAUAGAACGUCCCCGUUACUCUUGUACUUCGAUUAACGACGGUCACUCUUUCAACGACAUGUGUUUUAUAUUCCGAUAUAUUUUCCCCUCGUGACGUCAAUUGUGCAUCGCGCACGGCUCGCGGCUACGGAUUUUUCGAAAGCGCACUUCCGGCGCGGAGCGUCUUUUAUUCUAGUUUUCCGCCCUCGUUGAUACGACGUUGAUCCGUCACUAGGGCGAUCUGUCUAGUAAUUAAAUAUUCGCCCAGUGAAUGAAUGAUUUAGUGUCUAUUAUAGUAUUAAGGUAAGGUAAAAUGCCAAUUCCUAAUUCUGAACAUUCUUAUUGUUUCGGCAUUUAAGUAUGAAUAUUUAAACUUUUAACAUAGAAUGUAUGUAUAUACUUGAUACUUGUAUAUAUAUUUUAUGUUGAAAGUUUAAAUAUCUAUAUUUAAAGACCAAAACGAUAAGAAUGUUUAGGAUCAGGUACAUGUCCAAGUAUUGGUGCUUUUACUUUAUGUGGCGCACUUUAUAGUUCAAGUAAGUGACUAGAGUAACUCACAGACUAUGUAAUUAUAUAAGAAGUGCGUUGCGGAAAGAUAACCCUAGCGGAAAUAAAAAAGUAAGAAAGAGUAUCAAAUGUUUAAUAACACUUUUCUUAUUUUGUUUCGAAACUCUUCUUUGUGCAAAAAAGAGUUUAAGUAAAGUGUUAUUAGACGUCAUUUUAACCAGGGAAGCUGGCUUCGCCUGUUCAAAUAUUGGCUUAAGGAGUAAUUAAUAUUAAUAAUUUUCUGAUAUAUAUGCGGUCAGUCUGACGUGAAAGAUUGCACAUACGUUGACACUGUCACACAUUAGAGGAGACCGGAACUAUAUGAUCUCAGAGCCAUAUUGCUCAUAUCUUUUUUUCAGCAUUUAUCUUGAGAGGAAUAGUGGUUAUAAAAUCGCAAAAUAGUCUUUUUAGAACAAAUAUUUUUCCCUUAGUUCCAUUAAAAUCGGAAUAAUAUUACAGCUAAGAAAUAGAAAAAAAAACUAAUUUUUUGGUAAUAGCAAAGUAAAUUUUCAACCGCUUCAAAAUUUUCUAUUAAUAGCCUGCGCUACUAAACAACUGAACCCAGUACUAGGAUAAAAUAGCUAUGUUGCUAUAUAUUCGCGUAUUUGGUUAUUCCGAAACAAAAUAUACAGUUAACAAGAUUGUAGCGGGCAUUAACAAAUAGAAUAAGGAUGUUUCCAUCACGUCUGUACAAUCAGUCACAACAAUUAGUUGUCUGAGAAAUUGUAACUCCAAGAUCCUACAAUAUAGAGCAUCUAGUUCUGGUCUCCCCUAUUAUCUUUCCCUAUUAUUUUAUAAAGUUAAAGUUGAAUAUUCGGUCUAACAACCGUGACUGGCUCUAAUUUGCCUUCCUUCUCUCACUUGAUUGUAUUCUUAAAAACCGUGUUUAUAUGAAAAAGUAGUUGAGUUAAUGAGAAAAAUUCGCUCAAGCAAACAUUUAGUCGACUGAACAAAUUAUAUAUUUACUGUGAUGAGUUAUCUCAAUCAAAGUUAUCUCUUGAGUUGACUCAAUGAUUGCGAUUUGGUUGAUAACUAUAUUAACGCAACUUGUUGCACUAACGUGUGAUUUGUCCGACAAUGUAAUAUUUUGAAGUGAUCGCCAAUUUUGUCGAUCCAAUUGUUUUUUUCUCAAUGUAGUUCGUUGUUUGGUGCUUGAGUGUUUAUUUACAGAUUUUAAUUGUUCAUUUAUACCGGACAGAUCGCCCUAAUACCAUUUUUACAUAGAACACUCGUUCUAGGGACGGGAAUAUAUUGUACUUUGCUCGCGCGGACAACUUUCCGAUGCAGACGCGAACGAUCGACAGCGAUUUAUCCGUUCGGGAAAUUACGACGCGAACGUCACUGACAUUCGUAUGUUAUUGCACGCUGUUCGUUUGCUCGUUUAUAGUUUAUACAUGCGUGUGUAUGUCCGUAUAUGUGUGUGUACGUAUGUAUGUAUGUACGAUACAGAGACAAGCUAAACGAUAAUAGACAGAGAAUAUAUGCGGUAUGAAACGCGAGAAGAAUAUAUAUUAGUGGGUCGAUUAGAACCCCGUGGAGGAAACGACGCGAAGAGCCACUGUUUAGCGUUACAAUCGGUGCUUCCGAUUAUUAUCGGACGAAAUUACACUAUAUUAUGAGAAGGGUCGUUCUUUAGUAAAUCAGAUGUAUUGAAUAUGACCACGAAAACUGUCCAUCACGUCAAGUUCCCGAGAAAAAAGGGAUUUAAAUCUCCUUAAAAAUACGUUUCUGAUCAUUUUCACAAAUUCCUAACGCAUGAAUUAGACAUGCUAGUAACUUUAGUCUGAAAUUGAGGCUUGAACCUUCG